AUGGCUCUCACUGAAGAACAAAAGCGAAUGAUCGCUGUGAAACGAGAAGAAGCGAUAAGGAGAGCGGCGGCGAUAAAAGAAAAAGAAAUGCUCACCGCCACCACAUCAUCUGUCCCUUUUCCUCCACCCGCCAGACCAGUAUUCCAAUCUCCUCCUCAACAUCGUCCGCCAAUGAAAUCGACAGCGAAUACAAGUAUAAAGCAGACAACAAUGAACAAUUUCAUAAAUAUGGUCCAGAAACCGACGACAAUAACUUCAAGUAUAAAACCAACAAUUGGAGUGAAAUUGAAAUUAGAUGUGGAAGAUAGAAUUAGGAUCGAGUUCUACCCUUUCCACUCAUCAAUCGUUGAUCUAAUAAAACAAGUAUCGAGUCGAAACUACGAUUCUGCUAAGAGAACGUGGACUAUAUCAAUCAAUGAUCAUAGCAAUAUCUGUAAUCUUCUGAAAAAUGCUCAGACAGUGAAAGUUGAACUCGAACAAAUUCCACAGAAUAUUCUCGGAAUGUUGAAUUUCAAACCGAAACCAACACCGAGUGACUUGACUCAAAUCAUGGAUCCAACACUCAUUGAGAAGCUGUUUCCAUAUCAGAAAGAAGGAGUUUUAUUCGCAUUGGAGAGAAAUGGAAGACUACUUUUAGCCGAUGAAAUGGGAUUAGGAAAAUCAGUUCAAGCACUCACAAUUGCUAGAUACUACAAAGCCGAUUGGCCACUACUCAUCGUGUGUCCUGCCUCCGUAAAAGGUGCCUGGAAGAAGCAAAUCAACACGUUCUUCCCAAUAAUACACCGGAUUUUUAUAGUCGACAAAAGUUCUGAUCCUCUUCCUGACGUUCGGACUUCCAAUACGGUGGCGAUUAUGAGUUAUGAGCAAAUGGUUCUGAAGCAUGACGUACUUAAAAGAGAAAAGUAUAGCACUAUCAUUUUCGAUGAAUCGCACAUGUUGAAAGACGGAAAAGCACGUAGAACUAAAGUGGCAACGGAACUCUCCAAGAUUGCAAUUCAUGUCAUUCUCCUCUCUGGAACUCCAGCUCUAUCUCGCCCCGCUGAACUAUUCACUCAAAUCAGAAUGGUAGAUCAUAAACUAUUCACUAAUUUCCAUGAAUUCGCUGUUCGGUAUUGUGAUGGAAAACAAGGAAGAUUCUGUUUCGAAGCGAAAGGAUGUACGAAUAGUGAAGAGUUGGCAGCAAUUAUGUUCAAAAGGUUAAUGAUUCGACGAUUGAAAGCUGAUGUGUUGAAAGAUCUUCCCGAGAAACGGAGAGAAGUUGUUUACGUUUCGGGUCCGACGAUUGAUGCGAGAAUGGACGAUUUACAAAAGGCGCGCGCUGAUUAUGAGAAAGUGAAUUCAAUGGAACGAAAACACGAAUCCCUACUCGAAUUCUACAGUCUUACUGGAAUUGUGAAAGCAGCAGCAGUCUGUGAACAUAUUCUCGAAAACUAUUUCUAUCCAGAUGCACCUCCUCGAAAAGUACUCAUCUUUGCUCAUCAUCAAAUCGUAUUAGAUACAAUUCAAGUGGAAGUGAAUAAAAGAAAACUCGGUUCAAUUCGAAUCGAUGGAAAGACUCCAUCUCAUCAGAGAACUGCACUUUGUGAUUCAUUCCAAAAUGAUGAUUCUAUUCGUGUCGCAGUUCUUUCGAUCACUGCAGCUGGUGUUGGUAUCACUUUGACAGCUGCAUCAGUCGUCGUUUUUGCCGAAAUUCAUUUCAAUCCAGGAUAUCUUGUGCAAGCAGAAGAUCGUGCUCAUCGUGUCGGACAGAAAGAUAGCGUCUUCGUACAGUAUCUAAUUGCGAAGAAAACAGCAGAUGAUGUCAUGUGGAAUAUGGUUCAACAGAAGUUAGACGUUUUAGGACAGGUCAGUCUAUCAAGUGAUACAUUCCGAACAGCCGACAAAAUGCAUCUUCGAUUCAAUGAUGCUGCACAACCAAGUAUCAAUGAAUAUUUCCAAAAAACACCUGAAAAGGGGUCAUGGGAAGAUCCAGUGGAAGAAGAUGAUGAUGAUCCGGAAGUGAUUUGUGAUUCCCCUGCACCUAAACGAAGCAAAAACUAA